GCUUAGCUAGAUCCCCAUCAUGGCGCUCAGGCGGCGGCCGCUCCUGCUGCUGCUGCUGGUGUUUCCCAUGCUCCGGUACCAAAUCUUGGCUGUAGAGCUGAUAUCCACCAACGUGAAUCCUGUGGUGCAGGAAUUUCAGCGUGUUGAACUUUCUUGCAUCAUUGCCAGCACCAAGACGGCCGAUCCCAGGAUUGAGUGGAAGAAAAUUGGGAACAAGGAAACCUCCUACGUGUAUUUCAAGAACAAGUUGCAGGGAGAUUGGGCUCACCGCGCGCAGCUCCUCAGCCGAACGUCUCUGGUCAUCUACAAUGUGACCCGUGCUGAUAAAGCCGUGUACCGGUGUGAGGUGGCAGCACAUGAAGACACACGUAUCGGAGCGGAGAUCAGCAUCAACCUGACAGUUCAUGUGAAGCCAGUGGCCCCGAAGUGCCGCGUGCCGCAGUCGGUGCCCGUGGGUAAAUCCGCCACCCUCCACUGCCAGGAAAAGGAAGGCUUCCCGGAGCCGACGUACAACUGGUACCGUAAUAGUGAAAUGUUGCCGCUGGACUCUAAAUCCAGCUCCAAAUUCCAGAACUCCUCUUUCAAAGUGGACACAAAGACAGGCCUGUUGGUUUUCAGCGAAGUGCAGAAAGGAGACUCGGGGCGUUACUCCUGCAGGGCGAUGAACGCCGUUGGUGACGCCUGGUGCGACGACAUGGAGAUGGAAGUCUAUGACCUUAACAUUGCUGCGAUUGUCGGGGGAAUCUUGGUGGUCAUUGGGGUCUUGUCGCUGACCACAGUGGGGAUCUGCUGUGCCUACAGGAAGGGCUUAUUUGUCAACAACAAGCAGAAUGGAAACAGCUACAAGACUCCAGCAAAACCCGACGGCGUGAACUACAUCCGCACGGAUGAAGAGGGCGACUUUAGGCACAAGUCCUCGUUUGUGAUAUGAAAUGGCGGAGGAAUUUGGAUUUUGCCCACCAGCAAUGAUGAACUGCGGAAGGGCGAAACCUCCUUCUGGGACUCUUUAUGCAAGAGCAGAUCCGAAUGACGUGUGUGGAAGUGUUUAGAGGAAACAAGCA